CUCCACUUAUUUGCUCUGCCAUCAUGGAUCUGAAAGUUGCGUGUGUGAUUGCAUGUCUCUGUGCGUUGGCAGUCUCCUCCACUGAAGCUGCCCUCCCGAAAUGCUGUGUCAAAACGACGCAGAUCAAAAGGCGUUGGCUGAUGAAGGUGGAGAGAUCGUACGUUCAGCUGAGCAGCGGCGUCUGUGACAUCUCUGCACUGGUACUUUACUUGCGGGGCAGGACGAGGCCAAUAUGUGCUCCUCUCAAGCAGAAGGCAGAGCUGGAGAAUGUUCAGUGGGCGAUGAAAGCGUACAAGAUCAAUGCAUCGCUCUGAGAUUUGGAAUGAAAAAUCUCCCCCAAUUUAUCUGUUACUAAAGCUGGUGUGGUGUGUGUACGUGUGUUUGCUUGUAUAUCGCAGUUCUACUUAUAUGUCGCUGAAAUCACAUGAUGUCGAACUCCAUGUUACUGAGUUGAAUAAUUAUGCUUUUAGAAGAAAUAGUGAGUCGAGAGAAGAUUCGUCAUGACAUGUUUGUAGAGGCUCAACGACGUAAGCACAAUAGAUGGAAAUAUGUGAGAGAUCUUUAAAAAAAAAAAUCUUUACUUGUUUCAGUGUGUUUCACAAAAAAUAAAAACUCUUCGGCUUCACUGAGCUCAUUGAA